AUGAGACAAGGUUGUGAUGACUACUUAGAUUUUUGGAGCAGUCAAGAGAAUGGGUUGAUGGCUGCUGAGAUGCUUGCAGUAGCCCCAGAGAAGUUUUCGGCCAAGAGGAGAGGGGUGAUAGCCAAGGGAAGAGGUCGAUGGUUGGUUGGGAAACUUGCAACCGCUAUGAGAAGAGGGGUUCUCAUGGUUGCUGAGAGGUUUCCAGCGACCAAGAGAAGUUGGUUUCUCCUUGGGUCAUGGGUUCUAAUUUAUAUAAGGUAA